AACAUAGAAGAAUACGAUCUUCAUAAAAUACUAAUGAAGUUGAAAAUGAGUCAUGAGCAGUUUGUGGACCUGUGUAUCCUAUUGGGCUGCGACUACUCUGGCAAGAUUAGAGGACUGGGUCCCAAGAAGGCGCUGCGCAUGAUGCAGGAACAUGGGAGCAUUGAGCGAAUACUAGGGGCCCUCAGUCCUCAGAAACAAACAUUCUCUGGAGAUUUUCCGUAUGUGGCGGUUCGGCAGCUGUUCCUGCAGCCAGAUGUGGUCGAUGUGAAGUCUGUUGAGCUGUUGUGGCAGGAAGUGAAUAAGGAAGCAGUGGUCCAGUUCCUGACCAAUGAGAAGCACAUCAAGAAAAUUGAUGUCAGACUGGACAAGCUUUGUGCAAGAGGACAAAGCAAGAAGCGUAAACAUGUCACUGCACCUGUCAGUCCCAGCAGCGACAAGCAGAAGAAGAUGACUUAUUACUAUGCUGUCAAGAAAAGUGUCACAUGAGGAGGUCUCACUAAUUGGGGUCAUCAAAAUCAUUUUCCAAACUGGGCCUCUGAGCCGCACCAUGACUGGGGACCUGAUUUCCUGAGCUCACAGAGGCUGGAGGUGGCUGUGUCCCAGAACAUGUCACUAAGGACAGACUGAUGACUUUAUUGGUAUUGGCACAAGUACCGGUUCAUUCAACUGGGACCCGGUUCCUUUGUGCGUUCCCUGUCCUGUGUAAAUGUUUCUGUCUAUUUGUUACACUGUGUCCUUUCUUUGUCACUGGUCACACAAGGUCACCCAAUGCUGGGUAUGGAGAUUUUUUUAGCUAAAUAUAUUUUUAGAACAAAAAGCUUUGUGUAUAAAGAUUGUAUUGAUAACAAAGCUUACAAAACUCGUCUGAAGGCUGUUUAGAUAAAGAGAACUAAGACCUCUGGUUCGGAUGCGAACGAGAAUACAACUGCAAGAUAAGAAGCGCCCAUGCUCUGAUGCACUGGGGGUAAUUGACAAAACUUGCUCAUGGCUGAUUGGUUGCAAAUGCUCGUGCAAGGAUAAAUGCAAGCAGCGAAUGCUACCUCGCUCCCUGCAAGUUCAGGCAGCCUAAGAACCUUGUAUCUCUGCCUAUAAUAAACGGGUCUUUAGAUUAUAAAAUAAUGUAUCUGUUUACCAAUAUUAUUGUUAUUUUCUGCAAAUCUUGUGUUUAAAUUUUAUACUGAAAGAAAACCUUGUAACAAUGUAAAUAAAUAACACAGCUUA